AUGAGUACAGGAGGAUCAACUCCUAUUAGUUCUAGUGCCGGAUCAGUUAAUGCCGAUGGUAAUAGUGGAGAUGGAGGUGGUCAAGAAGAUCGUAAAAUAGAUGAUAAAACUCCAUUGUGGGCAUUUGUCAAGAAGAUUAGCAAGCCUCCAAGUGGAGGUAAUUGGAGGUGGCAAUGUAGUUUCUGCAAUAUGUACUACAAUAGGUCGUAUACUAGAGUUCGGGCACAUUUGUUAAGCGAAGGAGGGGGAAUUGUUGGGUGCCCUAAGGUUAGUGUUAAUUCCGAAGUCAAAUCUAAAUUGUUCAAGUUGAUGAAAGAAUGCAAGGAGAGAUUGACGAAUGCAGCUCCUAAACAAGUUCCUCUACCAUCAACAAGACAUCAAGGAGGGAGUGCUGCUACUAGUAGCGUUGGGCUAAGCACUUUUCAUGCAUAUGCACACGAACCAACAACAGUCGAUACAGGAAAGAAGAGGAAAACAGUCGAUGGUUCUAGUUCCAUUGAGAAAGCCUUUCAAAACUCGGUUAGGGAAGAAUGUGAUGCGGAGGUUGCAAGGAUGUUCUACACCGGUGGUCUACCAUUCAAUUUGGCAAGAAAUCCACAUUACCGAAACUCUUAUAUUCGUGCUUCAACUCUUCCGGGCUAUGUUCCACCACGUUACAAUGCCAUCCGGACCACACUUCUUGCAAAGGAAAAGAAGAAUAUUGAGAAGCAUUUGCAACCACUUAAACUUUCAUGGAAGGAUAAGGGUGUGAGUGUAUGUAGUGAUGGUUGGUCCGAUGCACAAAGAAGACCAUUGAUUAAUGUGAUUGCUAUUUCUGAGAGUGGUCCGAUGAUGUUGAGAGCUAUAAAUUGUCAAGGAGAAUACAAGGACUCGGAUUUAAUUGCAAACUUGAUUAUUGAAUCAAUCAAAGAAGUUGGAUAUGAAAAUGUAGUGCAAGUGAUUACCGACAAUGGUCCCGUUUGUGCAAAAGCCGGUGCAAUGAUAGCAAGUAAGUAUCCUACUAUUUUUUGGACACCAUGUGUAGUUCACACAUUAAAUCUUGCUUUGAAGAAUAUUUGCACACCUUCUAAUUGCUUGAGCAAUCUAGAUGUAUAUGAGCCAUGUUCUUGGAUACAACCUAUUGCAGAGCAUGUUAUGUAUAUUAAAAACUUCAUAAUUAAUCAUGGAAUGAGAUUAGUUAUGUUCAAUGAUCAGUGCCCUUUGAAGUUGCUUUCGGUUGCUCCCACAAGGUUUGUAUCUACGGUUAUUAUGUUUAAGAGGUUUAAGGCAAUCAAGAAUGGUUUGCAACAAAUAGUGAUUAGUACAAAGUGGGAUGAUUAUAGAUUAGAUGAUAAACCUAAGGCGGCUAGGGUAAAGGAGAUGUUGUUGGAUGAUUUAAUGUGGGAUGAUAUUGAUUACAUUCUUGAUUUUACCGAGCCUAUGUAUGAGAUAAUUAGGAAGGCGGAUACCGACAAGUCUUGUCUUCAUUUGAUGUAUGAAUGGUGGGAUAAUAUGAUUGUUCAAGUGAAGAAAGUUAUCUAUAGGAAAGAAAGAAAAGAACUUCAAGAAGAAUCUCUCUUUUGGAAUGCGGUUCAUAAAGUGUUGAUGGCUCGUUGGACUAAGAGCAACACGCCACUUCAUUGCUUGGCUCAUUCUUUGAAUCCCAAGUAUUAUAGUUCGGAAUGGCUUAAUGAAGCUACUCAUCGUGUUGCUCCUCACAAAGAUUUAGAGAUUACAAGAGAAAGGAAAGCAUGUCUCAUGCGGUACUUUGCCGAUGAAGAUGAGAAGAGAAAGUUAACAUAG